GCCGUUGGCGGAUGGGGAGGAGCCUGGGGGUGUGUGUGCAACUCCGGCACGUUCCAUAUCCCGAACCGUUACAUUUUCCCUUUGUGCCAUCGUGGGAAACGUAGGCCGCCAAGGGGGCCCUCUGAUCGUUGGCGAUCGCGCACAAUUUUCCUUCCAACCAUGCAGUCGAACGUAAUAGAGGAUCUCCAGGUCGAACAAUUACUGCAGCUUGCCUUAACAAAGUUGCAGUCCAAAGAAACACGCCUGAGUCUGGGAAAUGACCUGCUUCGAGGUAUCGAUGAACGCUGUCGGGCGAUCGUGAAAGCCGUGGAUAACAUUCGGAAUUCCGUAAGGGCAGUCAACCGUCUGUCCCCAGAAGUGCUGGUUCAGAUUUUCCUUGAAUGCGUCCUGACGAGCGUCAACUCGAUACCUAUAUCCUGCAAUGCAUGGAAUCCUCCGUUCGUGGAUAUGGAGGGUUUACUUCAUAUAGCACAAGUUUGCCGCGACUGGCGUGGCGUGGUUUUAGCCACACAAGAACUAUGGAGCAGCAUCCGCAAUGAAUACCUUCUGCUGCGAGACGCCCAGUUGGUCAGGUCUCAAUCAGUCCCAUUACGAUUUUGGCUCAGCGGCAGCCCAUGGACUUACGGAGUCAGUUCGUUGAAGUCGUAUGCUCAUCGCAUGCUGCAGCUCUGCUGGUGUCAAGCCGAUAUAGGAACCAGCUUAGACGAGACAUUGUUCUUUUGUAAAGCGCCGACAUUGAAAUACCUUGCAAUUUCAGGGCCUUUCUACAAGUACCACGGCUAUCCGAAUAUUGUUUUGUUCGAGAACCAUACGCCAUCGCUCACCCAUUUAACACUCUUCGGCCUGGGCUGGGCGCCGGUCAACAGCUUCCCAAGCCUGACACACCUUCACAUCGAGGACUGUGAUGUUGAUGCAUUCCGGUUGUCUCUUUUGCUAUCCGGUACUCCUAGUCUGGUCGACCUCAUACUGCGCUCCGUCCGUUCAAAGGACAUAUUUCCUCGAAAGCAAUCCCAGCUUGGACGCUCUGAGAUUCAGCUGCCAUAUCUGCGUCGUCUUGUUUUGCACGACGUUGACACGGACUCCAUCACGGUCGCAAUUCUCGAUGCACGCCUGAAUCCCGACGUAGCCAUCUCGUUCAUCUGCAGAGGAGAUCAGAGGGCUUCAGAUUCGUGGACAUUAGAUUAUCUCUCGGAGCGAAGAGCGGAGCCUGCGGCGGUCUACGAUAGAUUCUACUUGUCCGCGCACUUCGCAAUUAUAGGAAACAGCUCAUCUGCUAUACGGAUGGGCCAUAUCCAUUACGACCGUCUUACCCCUUGGACUUGUGUCUGGGCUCAAUUCCCUUCAAUGCCCCAUAUCCGCGAGUUUUGGAUGGUGAAUUCCAUUGACACGCCUCAUCCGGAUGGACGCGACUUAUUAUACUUGCGCGAACUCUUCGGAAGCAUGAAGUCGUUGGAGACGCUCUACGUGCAUAAGAAGAGCUUGCAGACAGUCGUGGAUGUACUCUCCUUAUUUCGAGACCCGAGUGAACCGCCCAUUUGUCCGGAGCUGUCGACAAUGCAUAUCUUCCUAGACAAGAAAGACGACAUGGCGUGGACAGUCCACUUGGUCCAUGGGACCCGUAUCCAACUUGGCAUCAAACAUCUGCGAAUCAAGUGCAUGAUGCUUUCAUCGAUUGAUGACAACACUCGCGCUGUCGCCGCUAGAGGGUUUGAGACGUUCACCUUUGAAUGCAUUGAACCGCCUGUUCCAAUGAUGCACCUGCCCUCGACCUGCUUAGAAGAAGUGUCCGGAUAUUGGCCGCCAUGGGAUCGCGAGUAACGCGAGAGGGAAGAUAUACUGGCCCUGGUAGGAAUUUUGUUUCGCGAAGCAUUCACUCGCCGAACGGUCUAUGUUGAUGGCGCACGACUUUCAUCAAAAGACCGUUCCUGUACGGCAUAGCUUGAGCUAUGUCAACUUUGUGGAGUGCAGAAAUAAGAUCGUUCGCUCAACUACCUGAACAGGUUCCCAUUGGCGGAUAUUCCACAAAUCAAACAUGUUCCGGAUUUCAUUCGGCUUGCAGAUACUUCUUCUUCUAUCGCAUUAUUUGUUACUACAGCAUGCAGCCGGCCCCUUAGGACCGCUCUUUGAAACCAGCCUAUCUCUCGCGCAGAUCAUAACCGUUUUGCUUCCUUUGGACACAGUAUGUGAUGAAACUUCACAUAGGUAUCUGAGCAUGGGCCAACAUAGAUGGACGGCUGUUGGCCUUGUGAUCCAUCUUCGUGUACAUGGUUUAUUGUUUGAAAAAUGGUUGUUGUGUCC